GACUCUGGCACUGGUGGUCUCUGGUUUGCUCUGCCUCAGUGGCCCUUUUCUGACCUGCGAUGUCUCGCCUGCUGCUGCUCUGUUCUUCGUUCCUCCGCCACCGUGUAGUCCUGUUCUCGAAGCCUGGCCACUCAGGCCGCCUCAGCCACUCAGAAAGCCCACAAAACACAGUCCUGUCGCCCACGGAAUCUGCUGUGGGAAUUGUCGUGUUUUUUACGACCUUUUACAUCCCAGCUGCUUAUGUGCUAAGCAAUCUGAAGUAUUUCAAAGGCGAGUAGAUACAAGAUAACACCUCACGUUCAAGACGCUUUCAGAAAAGGUCAUGGCUCCUUUAAAUGAGAAAAAGUGCCUGUUUGAACCUCCUCUGACGAUUUAGUCUUAUAACUGUCUGUCUGUGAUGUUCUGCACUUUGGUUUUUUUUGGACUGUGCAUCAUAUGGAUGGCAAACAUAAUCUGCUUAAGUGUUAAAUAAAAUGGAAACACUUGCUUAUGCUU